CUUCUCAGCGCGUCUCAACCCAACAUGAAAGCCACGCCCCUCCGCCUUCUCUCCCUGACAUCUUCCCUCAGGCGGCCCCUCCUAUUGGUUACCACUCGCUGUGCAUGUUCGGUUGCGCCUGGACUGCCCCCAUUUUUCCCUUUUCUCUUGCUGGCUUUGCGGGGUCGGAGCCGCCGCCGGAGCUCCCGUCACCUCCGGUCCCCUCCCUCCCCCCCGCGCGCAAGAUGGCGGUCGCGGUUUGUGGGGCUGUGGUGCCGGUUGUUGCCCGGCUGGAGGGCCGCGAGUUCGAGUAUUUGAUGAAGAAGCGCUCGGUGACCAUAGGCCGCAACUCGUCGCAGGGCUGUGUGGAUGUGAGCAUGGGCCACUCUAGUUUCAUCUCCCGACGCCACCUGGAGAUCUUCAUUGGCGGCAGUGGAGACGGGGACGACGCGGACGUCGGCGACUUCUAUCUGCGCUGUCUGGGCAAGAACGGAGUGUUCGUGGAUGGGGUGUUCCAGAGGAGAGGGGCCCCACCGCUGCAACUGCCCCGAGUGUGCACCUUCCGGUUUCCCAGCACAAACAUCAAAAUCACAUUUACUGCUCUGGCCAUUGACAAGAAGCAGAAGUUGGAGGCACCAGAAUCCCCUGUGAAACCUGUGCAGCCCCAGAUCUCUCCCCUGACUAUACACAUUCCAGACAACAUAGCACACCUGAUCAGCCCACUGCCCUCUCCCACAGGAACUAUAAGUGCUGCAAACUCAUGCCCCUCCAGCCCACGUGGAGCAGGCUCAUCUGGGUUCAAAUUUGGUCGUGUAAUCCCCCCUGACCUAAUAGCAGAAGCUGCCCAAUCGGAAAAUGACAAAGAUGCUUCAGGGGGAGACAGUCCCAAGGACGAUUCAAAACCUCCUUACUCCUAUGCACAGUUAAUAGUCCAAGCAAUUACCAUGGCUCCUGACAAACAGCUCACAUUAAAUGGGAUCUAUACUCACAUAACAAAAAACUACCCAUACUACAGAACAGCAGAUAAAGGCUGGCAGAAUUCCAUCCGACACAACCUUUCUCUGAACCGAUACUUUAUCAAAGUCCCACGAUCCCAAGAGGAGCCUGGCAAGGGUUCAUUCUGGAGGAUAGACCCUGCCUCUGAAAGCAAGCUAGUAGAGCAGGCAUUUAGGAAACGAAGGCCUCGAGGCGUUCCCUGUUUCAGGACACCCCUUGGCCCGCUCUCCUCAAGAAGUGCACCAGCUUCUCCAAAUCAUUCUGGAGUUUUUUCUGCUCACUCCAGUGGUGUGCAGACACCGGAAAGUUUGUCCAGGGAAGGAUCCCCUAUCCCUUUGGAGCCCGAUGCUAGCGUCAUUCACCCAAAGCUAGCAGUGAUCCAGGAAGCACGCUUUGCACAGAGCGCUCCAGGGUCUCCUCUCUCCAGUCAACCAGUCCUCAUCACUGUGCAAAGGCAGCUCCCCCAAACCAUUAAACCUGUCACUUACACAGUGGCUGCCCCAGUGACCACUGCCACAUCGCAGCAGGCAGUCAUGCAGACUGUACACGUUGUGCAUCAGAUUCCAGCCGUUUCUGUUACAAAUGUAACAGGCCUGACCCCUAUCAACACCUACACUGUCGGAGGGCAAACAAUGGUCGCUCAGGCUGCUGUAAUGGCCCAACCAAAGUUAGAGCAUCAAGAGAACGGAGACCACAAAGAGGUCAAAGUGAAAGUAGAAGCUAUCCCUGCUAUUGGUCACCCCGCACUUACCACAGCAAGUCGUAUCAUACAGACCUCAUCGUCCGCACCCCUCCAGACGGUUACUAUAGUCCAGACUCCUCUAGGUCAACACCAGCUUCCAAUCAAAGCCGUAACACAGAACGGGACACACGUUGUACCGAUCACCACUGCCAUUCAAGGGCAGGUCACAACAGCUAACUCCAGCUACUCCCUGAUUGAGAGCCCAUGGCAGUGGAGAGGAAAUGGAACCCGAGCAGCAGCCAGUCCCCUCCAUAUGCUGGCCACUCACGCAUCUGCGUCUGCCUCUCUCCCAACAAAGAGACAAAACGGAGACCAGAGCGAGCAGCCGGAUAUAAAGAGGGGGAAAACAGAUGAGCGGGAAGUAUUGGCGAUGACCGGCCUUGACGCCCAAUCAGAAAUGGCAAUGGCAGCGUCGAAUGAACAAGAAAACCAAAAAUAGGAUCCGAGGCGACAUUUCUUUUUCUUUCUCUUCUUCGUUGGUUCUUUUCCUGUUCUUGAAAGUUACACACGUUUAAAGAAAACAGCAGCAAAAGGUGCCAAACACAGACACUGUCUUAUCGAUCGGGGGGCCCUGUGGAAAGAGACUUUUACUAGAUCAGCACUGAAAUAACACAGGUGGCCUUAGAAACUUCAUUUAACAAAUCCUUUAAAAGAAAAGAAUAAUAUCGACACAAAUUUAAUUUGUUUUGUUCUUCUGCCCUGCCCCCGGUCCCCAGCACCUCAGCUCCUUCAUUUUUUCGAUUUCUUCUAAAGCUGCCCGGCCCUUCCUUGUUGGCACAGUGCACACUGGGACAGACUGACAGACGGAAGGUGACAGCUUUUAAAGAUAUUAAACCAAUUUUUGUUUUGUUUAAUUUGUUUUGAGUACUGAGCACAUGAUCGCGGCUAGCAUGGUAAACGCUUGAUGUGGACCGGUUCGGAUAUAACCAAUUGUAUAUUCCUUCAAAGAGAGAAGCUGUAAUCUCCAGCUAGCUUCCAUGGUCCCCUUCAGAACCAGGCAUCAAUAUGAAAGGGGGCGUACCUACCUAUCGCAUUGGAUUUCUAUUACAGUUUUUCGCUGUUCCCUAAUGGACCUGGCCUUUAUUUUUAUUUUCUCACCCUGCAAAAUAGUUUGGCGAAAAGGGUCAUACAUUUCAGAGUUUUCAGCCACUCCGCGACUCGCGUGCGACAGAAACCGAAUUUUUCUUUUUAAACCCAAGGAGUGCUUUUUGUUUUGCUAUUUUAUCUGUCUGGGUAACCAUUCGAUGACACACUUUGCAAAUGUCUUGACUGUUUUUUUUUUUUUUGUUUUUUUUUUGGUUCCCCUCCCCGAACCCUCCCUCCACCUUUCCUGUGUUUUAGACUGAUAAACGUAAUCCAAAAAUUUUCUAACCAUGUGUGGUGGUCAGAGGCUUCUUGUUUUGGCAUGCAUGUAACAGAUUUUUUGGGAAGAAGAAAAGAAAAAGAAAAAAAAAUUAUAAAAGACAUUUAACAAAUUGUAAACAAACCGCUAUGAUUUUUUUUUUUUUUUUUGGAUCAGAGCUGCACUUAUCAUUGUCCCUUCUUAUGUUCUCUGUGCCUCCCGUCCUACUUUUCCCUCACCCCUUCUUCUAAAGUAAAGAAACUCGCUUAAUAUUGUGUAUGUUUAAAUGGCAGAAGACUCUGUUUAAGAUCCCACUUAGAAAACAACAAAACAAAAAUCAACAAAAAUCCGGACAUCAAGAAAAAAUACACAUAAAAAAUUAAAAAAAAAAAUCAAAGAAAACGUGUGGAAGCGAAAUUCAAUAACCAAUUACGGCUUUUGCCUGGACUCUCGCCCUAUCUCAGUGUUACCCCAGUAUAUGUCCAUACGAUUCCAUACGAUUCAUCACCAAUCAGUCCCUGAAGGACUAAUCGUACUCAGUUCAGCAAUCCAUUUGACUGACACUUAACAUAAUGAAAUGACACUGUCUAAAAAUCAUGUUUCGGCUCAUUUCUGGUAAGUGGUGCCAUUGGAUGGCUAGAUUUGGUUCUGUUGCACUUCAGAUUGUUUAGAUUGCCCUGAAACACUAAUGUUUGAAGCUCUAGGCUUAAUGGGAUUUUAUUCUGUAGCCAGCCAGAACUAAAGCAUAACUAAAGAUGUAGGCUAGAAAUUUUGUACAUUAUGUUUUGAGCUUCUGUACCAGCCCAAGGCAACCACAACCCUUUAGCAGGGAAGAUCUGUGUCUCUGAAGAUGCCCCAGUAGUUCCCCAUCUUAUUUUCUGCUUAUUCACUGCACAUGCUCUGUGCUGCUGUCACUUGCUGAGCUUAGGGACCCACUCACAACAGGCCUGGACAGAGGGGCUGCUAUGAGGUCCCAUAGAAAGUCACUAUUUAGUGGGCUGUUUGGGCCUCUGUGUGGGCUGAUUGGGCCUCUGUGUACCUGAAAUUCCAGGGCCUAUUUUAAUUCUCAGUCCAGACCUGACUCACAAUAUACAGUACACAUAGAAUAUAAAUGUCACAAUACAAGUCUGAUCAGUAAUUAAUAUAAAUACGUACUACAUGGUAGCAUAAAACCAGUGCAACUAAUAUCAGAAUUUAAUAAUCAGCCUUGUAGCAUAAUUUUAUAUUACAGGCCAACCUCAAUUUCUGCUUGACAAUUAUUGACGACCCCUAAGCUUAGUUUCUCAGCAGCUGCUCAGAGCCCACUGAGCAUGUGAGUGUCGCAGACACUUUCCAAGUUAAUGACCCCUUGUGACAAGUUUGAAGUCCCGGAUCAUUGCUGCUAUUGAGAUGCUGAAACUUUAGGCUGGUACAAUAAGUAUAUAAAAUAUGGCAUUUUUACCCAUAUUCAUUUUUAGGGUUUAGUUUGGCUAAACCCCUUUUUAUAAGUAGUAAAUAUUAACCGGAGAGCCUUUCAAAUGCAAACCAGGGUAGAUGAGAAUUGUAAUACUAUGCUAUUGUAAUACAUCUACUACUAGUUUGCAUCUGAAAAGCUCUGCAGUUGAUGUUUGCAGCAAGGGCCACACAAUAUAGAUCUCAGCCUGUCUGCACCUGAGCGAAGUUAAUGUUUCCGGGUGCAGGCCGUUUCUCCACAGGCCAAGAUCUGUAUGGUCUGGCCCUUGCCUAUUACUUAUGAUACUACUGCGGAGGUGGAUUUCCACCAACUGUUGAAGAAUCUGAAACAGAUACGGCCAGGCAACCAACUGGACAAAAAUGUAGCUAUUUCAUUGUGUGUGCCAAAAUGUUAGGUGCCCCAGUGAAAUAAAUCAGUACAUUUUUCCCAGGCCAAGCACAGUACUGAUCCAGUUUUUUUCCAUACAAGAACACCAGUCUGGGAAUCAAGCAUAAUGAUUCCAUUCACUGCCAGGUGCCUAACAUUUUGGUACCCCUCAAGGGUUUUAAGCACCCAUUAAAGGGACAAACCCCACUUUUUGAUGUGAGUUCAUUCAGUUGGGCAUAAAAAAAAAAAAAUGUUUUAUUCCAUACAUGAUUCCAAUGAAUGAAUCUAACAUCUCCAUAGGCUGGCAGAUUAUUUCAGUGUUGGGAUCUCAGUGUAGAUCUCUAAUCUGGGCUGAAGUUGCUAGACAAUGAGUCUACAUUCAUUUACUUUAUAUGGAAUUUCAGGCAAUAGAACCCUCCCAAUUUUAACUAUAUAAAGAGAGAGAGAGAGAGAGAGAGACGAUGUCUCCCAUAAACUCAUCACAUUUGACUUGUUCUUUAAUAAAGUGACAGUGCUGCAUCACCAUUGAUAUGAAUAGCAGGCAGCACCAGUUCUUGCAUCCCAGCUUCAGUUUACGGUGUUUGUCCCACAUGUACCGAAUGCUGAGCCAGCCAUUCCUUAAGAGCUGUUUCUUUUCAUUGCCACAUGUCAAGCAGGAGUGGCAUAGGCACAUAGGAAUUGUGUGAUGCAGUCUGAGCACGGCUGAGGUGAGAACACAUUGUACUACACAUAACCGCAUUCUUUUAAAUGUCAUGUUUUCUUAUCAUGUGUGUCAUUUUCUAGAAUUAAACGGAAGUACAAUUCUAGAAUUUCACGGGAAGGCAUUUUAUUUGAUUGAACUUCUCUGAGUUAGUGCAAAGUUUGAUGUGCACAUUGACCCUUGCUGCAGGUUUCUUUCAACUUGUUGGAGGAUGCUAGGAGAUGUAGUUUUAGUUCACAGGAAUGCACAUCCGUAUGUAUGACCUAUAAGCAGAUACUCUGCUCAUACAAACUACAUGGCAAGAAGCUUUGGUUAAAUCCAGGUGCUGUAACAAAAUGAGUGACUAAACUUUGAAUUAAAGUAAUUGAAAUAUAACGUCAUGUUGCUCUGCACUGGUACAACUGGUGUGUUUGCUUUAGAAACACUACUAUAGUUUAUAUAAACAAGCUAUGGUGUAGCCAUGGGGGCAGCCAUUCAAGCUAAAAAAAAAGAAAGAGAAAACGCACAGGAUAUAUAGCAGAUAACCGAUGAGCUCUGUAGUAUACAAUGGGACUUUUCAGAACUUAUCUGUUAGCUACUUUGUAACCUGUGCUUGAAUGGUUGACCCCUGUGGCUACACAGCAGUUUCUUUAAACUAUAGUUGUGUUUCUAAAGCAAAAACAGUUUUUACCAUUGCAGCGCCACAGUACAUUAUGUUGUCAUUUCUUUAAAAUAUUUUAAUAUUUUGCUGUUGCCAAACCUGAGCCCGUUUGCUUUAAGGUGGCUAUACAGGGGUCAAUAAAACCUGCCAAUUUAGCUGCCCAGAUGGAGUUUGCAGUGUUCAUAAAUGAUCUUGUUGGUAGAGAACAGCACUGAUGUGAUCCUCUUCCAAUGGGUAACCAUAGGCCUGCCUAUUCCAUCAGUUACUUUCCCCUUCUUCCCACACUUGGGCUGCUCUCUUUCCCAUGUUCAGAUGGGUGAAGCUUGCUCUAUAGAUAAGCCUGUAUGUAAUAAAAGGUGGGUUGACGUUCUUCCCAACCCUCUGUGCCAUGUUUGUUUAUAUACUCACGCCUGAGCAGACUAUUGCUGACAUCACUAGAGUAGGCAAGUAUAUAAAUGAACACAGCAGGGAAGGGGGAAUGCUGGGGCACUCUGAUUUUGGGACAGAACACCUAACAUUAGCCAUCAAGACAUUCCUAUUUGUAACUAUUGCUUGGGGAGGAUGAUGCAAAGCCACAGCUGAUACAAGUUUAAACAUAAUUGCACAGUGAAAUUGCUAUUCUAGCAGGGCUACCUCCCCGUGAGCCAUGGCUCUUUUUCUUUUAUAAAAAAAUACCCCCCACGGAGUUAGAUAGAAAUCCUCUUAUAUAAAAGGAACAUAGGCGCUUCCAAUUAAUUGUGGGCCACUCCCUGUUCGCAAACUUUGGGUCAUUGUUCUCCAAAACAUGAAAUAUUCCCUCACUAAGCAUACAUUACAGUGGCAUUAUAUCAUUACCCAUGCCCUAGAUCAGGGUUAUAAGGAAGGAAAUAUUGGGGGGGGUUUUAACUAAAAUCCCCAUCAAAGAAUCAGUGGCGUAACUAGAUGUUACUGGGCCCCACAGCAAAUUAAUUUUAGGGCCCCAAACAUAUCCAGAGGUUGUCCUGUUUUACCAAAAUGUAUUGAAAUUGUAAUGAAUUUGAGCCUCAUGGGGCUCCCUAUAACUCCUGGGCCCCCUGCAGCCACAGGGUCUGCUUCCUCUGUAGUUACGCCCCCUGCAAAGAAUGAUGUACAGUCAAUGGUGCCCUGAAUUCUAUUUAAACCCUCCCUCGCUUCUGCAGGUUCUAAUGCAAUAAAUUUGUAGCCCCAGGCAUCAUACAAUACAGGAAUGAGUACUGAGUUCUGCAGGCUGGAGCUGUGAUAUAGAAGGUGUAGUCUCAUUACAAGGUGCAAGAUUCUAUAGUACGAAUAGGUGCUGCUCUACUGCUGCCAUUUGAUUGUCUGCCUGCACUAAGGAAUCCAGUAGCUCAAUACUGAAUAAUUCAUAUUCUAGACCUACCUGUUUGCUAUGGGGACAUCUAAAAAUAAAAGGCUUCUUUUA